AUGCCAACGGCCAUUUCGACCCUGGUGGGAUUUGGGUACCCCCUUUGCACGGACCCCAACUGCUUGCAACUGCGCCAUAACCGAGUUAGGGUUAGGCGUGGACGGAAUGCACACGAAUAUCUCGUCAACAAUCAAUUCCACCCAGUGCCCGCAGCACAUUUCCAUUUCGAAUCGAACCGGAUCCUUCUAUCUUUGCAUGUUCAAUCUGCCCUCUUAUGGUGGCUUCCAGAGCUGCAGACCGGCCCCCCUGCAGCUGACGACCCUCAUCUUAUGCUUUCAAAUGAUCCCCGGUUGCCUCCAGCUUCCCACCAGGGAUCGGGCCCGUGGGGGGACGACUUCCACCCCAUCAAGAUCCUCAACCCGAACUCUCUCACCGAGGCAGCCAUCUUUCUUUACUGUCGGGAUGCGGCCCGGAAACAUUGCCUCACCGCGCUUUGGGUGCGCAUGAUGCGACGCCUCGGAGAUGUUGACGGCGUCAGCCCCACGAAACACCUCAGCAGGCCUGAUUUCCAGGUGGCAUGGGACUGCCUCAACCAGCGCGGCCCGGGCAUAUUCAUCUAUCGAGAAAUCCAGCUGCUGCGUAACCGUCUUGCCCGUGCCGGCGAACUCGGCCCGUUGAUCAAUGUUAACACCUGGCAGCCACCGGAUAAUUGGGCUUGA